AUGUCUCACGACUUACCUACCGCCCAAAUCGACGCCGAAGAUGGCCUUGCACCCCCAGUAUCAUCCGACGGUUCGAGGGAUAAGGAGAAAGGUCUGGAUCAACGGCAAUCGGCCGCAUCAUUCCAAGAACAAGAAAACAGUCCCACAGAACAGCCUGAACAGCUCAAGAGGCACCUGCAAGGCCGCCAUGUGCAAAUGAUUGCUAUUGGUGGUGCUAUUGGAGCUGGCCUUUUCGUGGGUGCCGGCUCUGCCUUGUCAGCCGGAGAGCCAGCAUCUCUGCUUAUAUCCUUUAUUAUUGUUGGCAUCAUGAUGUAUCUCAUGAUGCAAGCUUUGACUGAGCUGGCCGUUCUCUAUCCCGUAAACGGCGCUUUUUACACGUAUAUAGUACGUUUCAUUGAUCCAUCGUGGGGCUUUGCAAUAGGAGCAGAAUAUGCGUUUCAAUGGCUUUGUCUUCUUCCAUUUGAGAUAACGGCGGCUGGAAUCACGAUUUCAUUUUGGAGAGAUGAUAUCAAUAUUGGCGUUUGGAUUGCUGUGUUCCUUGUCACGGUGUCUCUGAUACAACUGUUCGGAGUUCGUGGCUAUGGCGAAGCUGAGUUUGUCCUGAGCAUGAUCAAAAUGGUAGCAUGCAUGGGCUUCAUUAUUCUCGGAAUUAUCAUCAACUGUGGGGGUGAGCCAACCGACGACCGUGGCUACAUCGGGGCUCGGUACUGGCAUGACCCUGGCGCUUUCCGUAACGGCUUCAAAGGGUUCUGUUCAGUCUUUGUGACAGCUUCAUUUGCCUUUGGUGGCACGGAGAUGACCGGGCUUGCCGCAGCGGAAACGGCAGAUCCACGAAAGCAAAUCCCGAAGGCAGCAAAACAAGUCUUCUUCCGCAUUGCCUUCUUUUACGUGGUGAAUCUCUUCAUUUUAGGUCUCAUCGUCCCAAGCGACAGCGAUGUACUACUCGGUUCCAGUGGCGCAAACACCAAAGCAUCGCCGUUUGUUCUCGCCAUCGAAUUAGCGGGAAUCAAGGUUCUCCCUACGAUAUUCAAUGUUGUCAUCACCAUAUCGGUCCUAAGCGUGGCAAAUUCUGCCAUGUAUGCAUCUACACGCACGUUUCAGGCCAUGGCUAUGUAUAAAAUGAUGCCCAGCUCUUUCGGCUAUGUAGAUAGCCACGGCAGACCGGUCGUGACCAUCGUCUUGCAAAUUCUUUUUGGCUUGCUCGCUUUUAUCAACGAGAAAACAUCAAGCGGUGAAGUUUUAUUCUCCAUAUGCGUUGCACAUAUUCGCUUUCGAAGUGCGUGGAAGUUCAACGGUCACACACCGAAAGAGUUACCUCACCAAGCAACAUUUGGAGUGUGGGGAAGUUAUGUUGGGCCUCCGAGCGGAGCGAGUCCCAACGCAAAAACAUUCUUCAAUGCGUGUCUUGCUCUGCUAGUCAUUUUGGUUCUGUACAUAUUCUGGAAAGUUUACAGUUGGUUCAAGCACCCUGAGCACAGGCCCAUGUACGUUAAGAUCAAGGACAUUGACGUUUAUGAGGGGUUGCGAGAUGGAUGGAACGCUGGAUCAGCUGUCGAAGAGACGCAACAGAAGAAGGGCGCGGCAGGUUAUCUAAAAUCCUUUUAUCACGCACUCUUCUGA